GCUACUGUCGAUAUUGUCCUAAUUCUUAGUACAUCUGGAAAGACAGUACGCAAAUAUUGACGAGGGUCUGCUAUCAGAACAGCAAAAUCGCGUUGUUGCACUAUAUACUUGACCCAAGACCUCCUACGACUUACGUACUUGGUCGAAAACCUACAGUGGAGCUAUUAUAUCCCUGUUUGAUGCUUGCCUCCUCAAGUGGGAUUACCGGUAACAAAAUUCUAGUGCAGGAGAUGUUGAGUAUGGCUGCCCUAGUAUUCACCAGAAUACCACUUUAGGUAAGCUGCCCACAAUGGCAUGAUCCAGCAGACACAGAAAUAAGAAAAAAGCAGGUAGCUAGGAUAUAUGUGUAAGCAGAAGACGGCCCCUAGAUAGUUCAGGAUAACUAGAUAGAUUCUCCGUUAUUAUUUCUUAGAAGAUACCGGUGUCGCUUGUAACAGUACUACAUACUACUACUAGUAGUAUGAGCAACUUCGGCUUGAGUGGUCCUCUACGUCAUCGGCACGCACUCCCCACCAAUCCAUCCAUGAUUUCCUGCUAUCGCAAGAGCUGUUUCAGCUUAUAUAUGAAAGCAUAUAUUCCUAAUCCUGGCCGUUGGUGACAAUAUAUCACUCGGUGCAACACUGCAAUUGCCUUGUUAUAUAGUAACUGUUCACAGUUAUCUGACUAUUGAACAUGCCCAUGUCGAAGCAUCUGUCCAGGUUUAGCCAUCACCCACGUGCAGCUUUUGGGCCGCUAGAGUGUCCAUAUGAGGGUAGGGAUGUCAUGGCGUCAUGCCAGUUUAAUAAAGGCUCUGCAUUCAGUGAAGAAGAGCGGAGGGUUUUCAAGCUGCAUGGUCUAUUACCUCCUAACAUCCAAACUUUGGAAGAGCAAGUCCAGCGGGCAUUUCAACAAUACAAGAGCCGUCCCGAUUCUUUGGCGAAAAAUACUUUCAUGGCAAGCAUGAAGGCACAGAAUGAAGUUCUAUACUAUAAAUUGAUACAAACCCAUCUGAAAGAGAUGUUUAGUGUGAUAUACACACCCACAGAGGGUGAUGCAAUUCAGAAUUACUCGCGUUUAUUUAGAAGGCCAGAGGGCUGCUUCUUGAAUAUAAAAGACCAGGAUAGAAUUGAAGAAUGUCUUUGCAAUUUUGGUCGCGGCAUAGAUGUUGAUUACAUCGUCGUUAGUGAUGGUGAGGAAAUACUGGGCAUCGGAGACCAAGGUGUCGGAUCCAUAUUGAUCUCUGUUGCCAAGCUGGUCCUCGCAACAUUAUGUGCUGGAAUCCACCCUUCUCGACAGCUGCCCGUAGUUCUAGAUUGCGGCACAGAUAACAAAGAUUUACUCGACGAUGAGUUGUACCUGGGCCUUCGACAGCCGCGUGUCAGAGGCGAGGAAUACGAUCGGUUUGUGGCAAAGUUUGUGACAACUUCCAGGAGAUUGUUUCCUAAAGCCUACAUCCAUUUCGAAGACUUUGGCCUCCAUAAUGCCAGCAGACUUCUAAAUCAGUAUCGAACACAUAUUCCCUGUUUCAAUGAUGAUAUUCAAGGAACAGGAUGCGUGACUCUGGCGGCUUUAAUGGCGGCUUUUCGUGUCGGUAACAUCGAGUUAGCAGAUGUGCGUGUAAUUAUCUUUGGCUCGGGCUCAGCUGGUACUGGAAUUGCGAAGCAAGUCGCCGAUACCAUUGCUACGGACACUGGCAGAACAAAGCAAGAAGCUUCAGCACAGAUAUGGUGUCUAGAUAAGCCAGGUAUUUUGCUCAAGUCUCUUGGUGACCAACUUACCGUAGCCCAAGCACCAUUUGCGCGGGAUGACAACGAGUGGCCCAAGGAGAAGGGCACAGAUUUACUUUCAAUUGUAAAGGAGGUAAAGCCGCAUGUCCUGAUCGGCACGUCAACGAAGCCAAAGGCCUUCACAGAAGACAUUAUUCGGGAGAUGGCAAAGCACGUUGAACAUCCUAUCAUAUUUCCCUUAAGCAACCCUACACGAUUACACGAAGCUUCACCCGGGGACAUCAACUAUUGGACGGAAGGUCGAGCUUUGAUGGCCACUGGGAGUCCAUUCCCUCCUAUUGAGCGUAACGGAGUAGAAUACGAAGUUGCGGAGUGCAACAAUUCAACCUGCUUUCCUGGCAUCGGCCUUGGGGCGGUUCUAUCUCGGACGAGGAUCCUCUCUGACAAAAUGUUGGUGGCAGCCGCCAGAGCGUUAGCUUCUCAGUCUCCGGCUUUACAGGAUCCAAACCGGCCUCUCCUUCCCGAUGUUGAGCAUGUACGCGAGAUUAGCGUGCAUAUUGCUCGGGCAGUCAUCGAGACAGCAAUCGAGGAAGGAUAUGCCCAAGAGAAGGGAAUUCCCAACCAUGAGAAAGAUUUGGAGGAGUGGAUCCGGAUGCAGAUGUGGGAGCCCAUUUAUAGGCCGCUUGUAAAGGCAGGGCAAAAGUAAAUUCUGGUGUAUGCAUGUACCUCGUGACAUGCCCUUCCUCUCGCAACUGUGGGGAUGGGAAUAUUUCCACGCUGAACGGAGUGGGCAAUCAGCAUCAAGGGGGUAGCGCUGUAAGAACGGGCUGUGUGUUUAUAGUGGUCAAGCUAGACAUACGAUUUUCGUACUGUAUAUUUAUCUCAGCAGACACUCUGGUUGAG